UAACUUUUACGACCUUUUCGGUUACCCAGCCUGGCAUACGCUACCUCCUAGCCUUCGGAAGAUUGACCCCUCCUCCCACCCGUAGGCUCCUCCCUUCGUCUUCUCCCUCUCCUGCUUUCAAAGGCCUCUUCCCCGCCCCCUUUUCUAUUUCUGAACAGGCAUGUUGCAGGCAGCUCAGCCGACUCCUUAGAUUGCUAUGGGAUUGGUAGGGUCCUGAGCGUCGAAGAAGCAGGAAGGCACAUCCCAAGAAGAGCUGCUGGGACUCACGAGAAGACUCGAGCCCUGCUGGGAUUUUAUUUAUUAUCUGUUUGUUAUUUUUGGUCUUGCUUUUGUGGAGGGAGGGAGGGAGGCUGUGCGGCUCGGUAGAACUUGAGGCAGCGCGAAGGCCCCCUCAGGCGGCGCCGAGGGCAGCCCCGAAGCCGGGGCCUGGCUCAGCCGCCGCCGCCGCCGCUGUCAGGGAAGCGCAGGCGGCCAAUGGAACCCGGGAGCGGCCGCUGCUGCUGAGGCGGCGGUGUCGGCAGCCCGACCCCGACCGCCCGCACCCCCUCCGCGGGGUUCUCCCGGAGCUUGGAAGCUCGAAGUCUGGCUGUGGCCAUGGGAGACAUGGUGGUGGAACCUGCCCCUCUGAAGCCAAUUUCUGAGCCCACUCCUGGCCCACCAGGGAAUAACGGGGGCUCCUUGCUAGGCGUCAUCACGGAGGGGGUUGGGGAACUAUCGGUGAUUGACCGCGAGGUGGCUCAGAAGGCCUGCCAGGAGGUGCUGGAGCAAGUCAAGCUUUUGCGUGGAGGCGUGGCCAUCUCUAGCACAGGCACCCCGCUGGAGCUGGUCAAUGGAGAUAUUUUGGACAGUGCAAUCCGUUGCCUGGAUGAUCCACCUUCCCAGAUAAGGGAGGAAGAAGAUGAAAUGGGGGCCACUGUGGCCUCAGGCACAGCCAAGGGAGCAAGGAAGCGGCGGCAGAACAACUCAGCCAGACAGUCCUGGCUCCUGAGGCUGUUUGAGUCCAAACUGUUCGACAUCUCCAUGGCCAUUUCCUACCUGUACAACUCCAAGGAGCCUGGAGUACAAGCCUACAUUGGCAACCGGCUCUUCUGCUUUCGCAAUGAGGAUGUGGAUUUCUAUCUGCCCCAGUUGCUUAACAUGUACAUCCACAUGGAUGAGGAUGUGGGUGAUGCCAUCAAGCCCUACAUCGUCCACCGUUGCCGCCAAAGCAUUAACUUUUCCCUCCAGUGCGCCCUGCUGCUCGGGGCCUACUCUUCAGACAUGCACAUUUCCACUCAGCGACACUCCCGUGGGACCAAGCUCCGGAAGCUGAUCCUCUCAGAUGAGCUGAAGCCAGCUCACCGGAAGAGGGAGCUGCCCUCUCUGAGCCCAGCACCUGACAUGGGGCUGUCUCCCUCUAAAAGGACUCACCAGCGCUCUAAAUCCGAUGCCACCGCCAGCAUAAGCCUCAGCAGCAACCUGAAACGAACAGCCAGCAACCCCAAAGUGGAGAAUGAGGAUGAGCCCGUCAGACUGGCUCCUGAGCGAGAAUUUAUCAAGUCCCUGAUGGCAAUUGGCAAGCGGCUGGCCACGCUCCCCACCAAAGAGCAGAAAACACAGCGGCUGAUCUCAGAGCUCUCCCUGCUCAACCAUAAGCUCCCUGCCCGAGUCUGGCUGCCCACUGCUGGCUUUGACCACCACGUGGUCCGAGUGCCCCACACCCAGGCUGUUGUCCUCAACUCCAAGGACAAGGCUCCCUACCUGAUCUAUGUGGAAGUCCUCGAAUGUGAAAACUUUGACACCACCAACGUCCCCGCCCGGAUACCCGAGAACCGAAUUCGGAGCACACGGUCCGUGGAGAACCUGCCCGAAUGCGGUAUCACCCAUGAGCAGCGGGCAGGCAGCUUCAGCACCGUGCCCAACUAUGACAACGAUGACGAGGCCUGGUCGGUGGAUGACAUCGGCGAGCUGCAGGUGGAGCUCCCUGAAGUGCACACCAACAGCUGUGACAACAUCUCCCAGUUCUCUGUGGACAGCAUCACCAGCCAGGAGAGCAAGGAGCCUGUGUUUAUAGCAGCAGGGGACAUCCGACGGCGGCUCUCGGAGCAGCUGGCUCACACCCCCACAGCCUUCAGACGAGACCCAGAAGACCCUUCUGCAGUUGCUCUCAAAGAGCCCUGGCAGGAGAAAGUAAGGCGGAUCAGAGAAGGCUCCCCCUAUGGCCACCUCCCCAAUUGGCGGCUCCUGUCAGUCAUUGUCAAGUGUGGGGAUGACCUUCGGCAGGAGCUCCUGGCCUUCCAGGUGUUGAAGCAAUUGCAGUCCAUUUGGGAACAGGAGCGAGUGCCCCUGUGGAUCAAGCCAUACAAGAUCCUUGUGAUUUCGGCUGACAGCGGCAUGAUUGAACCAGUGGUCAACGCUGUGUCCAUUCACCAGGUGAAGAAGCAGUCACAGCUCUCCUUGCUCGAUUACUUCCUGCAGGAGCACGGCAGUUAUACCACUGAGGCAUUCCUCAGUGCCCAGCGCAAUUUUGUGCAAAGUUGUGCUGGCUACUGCUUGGUCUGCUACCUGCUACAAGUGAAGGACAGACACAAUGGAAACAUCCUUUUGGAUGCAGAAGGCCACAUCAUCCACAUCGACUUUGGCUUCAUCCUGUCCAGCUCACCCCGAAACCUGGGCUUUGAGACGUCAGCCUUUAAGCUGACCACAGAGUUUGUGGACGUGAUGGGGGGCCUGGAUGGCGACAUGUUCAACUACUACAAGAUGCUGAUGCUGCAGGGGCUGAUUGCUGCUCGAAAGCACAUGGACAAAGUGGUACAGAUCGUCGAGAUCAUGCAGCAAGGUUGUCGCCGUUGCUCAGGAGCGUCCCCGUCUGGCCCCGUGAUGACGGUGGCCCAGAUCAUCUGCUCUCAGCUGCCUUGCUUCCACGGCUCCAGCACCAUCCGCAACCUGAAAGAGCGCUUCCACAUGAGCAUGACCGAGGAGCAGCUUCAGCUGCUGGUGGAGCAGAUGGUGGACGGCAGUAUGCGGUCCAUCACCACCAAGCUCUACGACGGCUUCCAGUACCUCACCAAUGGCAUCAUGUGAACCGGCCGGCAGGGGUGGGGGACCCUCCCGGGAGGAAGCCCUGCCCGCCCAUGGGAACAGGAAGGCAAGAAAUACAGAGGAUCAUGUGGUAACUGUAGAGCUUGCUGGGAGUGGGAGUGCCAGCGGCGGCAGGGCCCAGACCUGCCAGGACCUCCCCUCCCGACAAACUGCAGGACUUGAUGCCCUCCCCCUCUGGAGGAGAGGCGACAGAUGGGAGGGACACUGGGGCCUUUCUGCUCCUCACCAGGGUCCACAAGGUUCUUCCCUUAGGCCAUCCUUGCUGUGUUCUGGGCCCCAGGAAGGGGGGAGGGUGGGGACAGUAGGUUCUUGGUACUUAGGACUCCUGUGGUUGGCCUUUGGCUGUGCUGCUGCCUGCCUCUGUCCCAUCCUAGUGGCUGGCUCUGACGUAGGGUCCUGCACGCGUGGUGGUUCCCAGUCCCGGGGUCAAGGGCAGGAAGGACUGGGACCCCUCCUGUGGGUGAGGGGAUCAGUCUAGCCACAGGGGAUUCCUUGGCCUGAUCCCUCCCCCACAUCCAGGGAAAGAACUCUCAACUUUUUAAUUUUUGUUUGAAAUAAAGUCCUUAGUUAGCCA